UGAACCCAGAGUCCCUCCGCUGCUUGUUGCUCAGGAUAUCCCAGAAACUGCAAACAUGGUUGAUAAAUUCAUUGGGACGUGGAAGAUGGUUUCCAGCGAUAACUUUGAUGACUACAUGAAAGCAAUCGGUGUGGGCUUCGCGACCCGGCAGGUGGGGAAUCGGACCAAGCCCAAUUUGAUCGUGAGCGUGGAGGAUGACGGGAUGGUGUGCCUGAAGUCUCAGAGCACCUUCAAGACCACCGAGAUCAAGUUCAAGCUCAGCGAGCCGUUCGAUGAGACCACCGCGGACGAUAGGAAGACCCAGACCGUGGUGAGUCUGGAGAACGGCGUGCUCGUGCAGAAGCAGAGCUGGGAUGGCAAAGAGACCAGUAUCGAGAGGGAGAUCACGGAUGGGAAAUUGAUAGCGAAAUGCAUUAUGGGCGACGUGAUUGCAGUGAGGACGUACAUAAAGGAGGCGUGAUGGGGUCCCUUCGGCCCACUCGAUGGAUGCAUUGCCGGAUGACAGGCUCAGUUCAAUGAGCGUAGAACCAGACUAAAUAUAUUCUUUACUGUGUUGCCAAAAUCAGAUUUCUGUGCCUCUGUUCUCCAACAUGACACAUUUGGUUUCAUUUGGAAUUAUUGUGGUGAUCUGAAUAAAAAAAAAUGGAGAAAAAAAUUGUCA